AUGGACGUUUUGGCCGAAACGCUGGGCGUUCCGGAAUCGGGCUUGCGUCUCGUCGGGUCUGUCCUGGCGAGCUAUCCGCUUGCUCUCGCCCAUCGCUGGUGCUUCUGGGGAAGUUCUCCGACAACUCAGAACAUUUUCUUCGCUUCAACUGGCAUGGGCUUGACUUACUGGUGCUACGGAAAGGAUAUCAUCCAUUCCUUCAUUUGUACCCUUACUCAGUGGGCUUUUCUGAAGUUUCUCGGCGAUAGCAAGCAUUGCCUCCCACUGAGUUUCGCUUUCCAAUUUGGCUACCUCCUCUUGGGUUACUCCGCCACAGAAUCUGAAGAUUAUGACAUUUGCUGGACCAUGACCGGCUGCAUCAUGUGUUUGCGUCUGAUCGGGCUGGCAUACGAUCGGUAUGACGGAAACAAAACCGACGAGGAAAUCCGGAAGGAUCAGAAGGAACGAGCUCUCAAAGAUUCUCCAAGUCUUUUGGAGGUUUUUGGGUUUUCGUACUCCUUCAUGGGCUUGUCUGUUGGCCCUCAGUAUCCGAUGAGUCUGUAUAGACAACUUAUCGAUGGAGAACUGACGGAAGAAAAGGGACAACGGCCAAAGUGCAUUCAGAAAGCCAUGGCGGUGGCGCUGACUGGGGUCGGUUUGAUGGGACUCAAUGAAGUUCUCAAGAUGUACUUUCCAAUGUCUUACUUGGACUCACAAGCUUUUCUAACCGAAUGGCCGUAUUGGAAGAAAAUGGGGUAUAUCUCUCUCGCUGGAAUGGCCCACAUGCACAAGUAUAUAUCAAUUUGGACCUUGGGCAAUGGUGGUUUAAUCCUGACUGGAAUGGGCUAUUCCAAGAAAGAAGAUGGCCGAACAAACUGGAACUCGCUUGCAAACAUCAAACUCGGCCAGUACAUCAAGGCGAUGUCAUAUACUGACAUGGUCAAGGCUUUCAACGCGAAUACCAACGACUGGGUUGCCCGUUAUAUUUACAAACGAUGCAUCUGGAUAGGCAACAAAAACAUCUCCCAAGCAGCUGUUCUUGGCUUUUUGGCCAUUUGGCACGGCUACCAUCUUUGCUAUUUCAUAAUGUUUGCUCUAGAAUUCUUCGUCGUCAACGGCGAAAGAGAGAUCUUCAAGUUCACAGGCAACUCCAAAGCAAUUCAAUCUUUACCUCAAUCAAUCCGCAACGCUUUCAGCUAUCUUUACUUAUCUGCCACUUGGGGCUUCUGUAUCAUUGAAUUCAGCUUACUUGUGAAACAUAAGUACAUGCCAGUCUGGAGCUCAAUCUACUACAGUCACUUUAUCUUCUGGCUGGUGACAUACUUCGGCCUUGGAACUUACAAUAGACUUUCUGCGCCACGAAGGCGGCCUAAAACCGAAUAA